UACCACACGAGUCUAACAAAUCAAAUGUCGGAGACGUUACGGGUGAUUCCGCCUGCAUGUUAGCUGGAAAACGAUCACUACAAAAAACAACAACUUCAACACGUUAUUAGGAGCAUGCUGAUUGCCAAGAAUACGCAAAAUAUCGCCAACUUUUAGCCUCUAUAAACUUCGCAUGAUGCAGCUUCCGUAAACAUUGAUACCACGUGACCAACAGUGACUGGUGAACGAGCACGUAUCGCAACGACCUUUCGUGAGCGCGCACGCUAGUUCCAUAGAAUAUUCUGGCUCCUCGACGGCUUCCGCAAGAGAGACACAUCGUCCGGCAUGUUAUUUUAGUUUUUUUUUUUUCAUGCUUUCGUGAAUUGUGCUGAUAUUCUCAACAGGUGCGAUGCAGCAGACGCUGACUCCUCACGUCUACUGGGCUCAGCGGCAUGAGGACAUCUACCUGCGAGUGGAGCUGAUUGACGCGCAGAAUCUUGACAUCAGCGUGCAUGAUAAUGUCCUCCAAUUCAGGGCCCAGGGCCAUGGAGCAAGAGGACAGAAUGAUUAUGAGUUUAGUCUGCCGUUUCUUAAUGCUGUGAAGACAGAGGUGAGCCACAGGUCGACACAACGCCAGGUUAACAUCACAGUGCGUAAGCAGCUGAGUGGCUGGUGGGACAGACUCACCCUACAGGAGAAGAAACCUCUGUUCCUGGCUCCUGACUUUGACCGCUGGAUGGACGAGUCUGACGCUGAGAUGGAGCUACGGGAGAAGGAGGAGAAAAAGAAUCGACUGAACAUGGAGUCAAGGCUGUCAGAGGACUCAUACAUCACUCUGAAGAAAGCUUUUCUGUUCACCUACAACCUGGUUCAGUUCUUGGGCUUCUCCUGGAUCUUCGUCAACAUGACCAUCCGACUCUUUAUUCUGGGCCAAGAUUCUCUCUAUGACACAUUCUACACCAUCUCCGACGUGAUGUUUUUCUGCCAAAUAUUAGCCAGUGUAGAAGUCCUCAAUGCUAUGUUUGGAGUGGUCACGGCUGCGGUGGUUCCUGCUUUUAUACAGGUGAUUGGUAGGAACUUCAUCCUCUUCAUCAUCCUCGGCAGCCUGCAGGAGAUGCACAACAAACCAGUGGUCUUCUUUGUCUUCUACCUCUGGAGCCCUAUAGAGAUCUUUAGGUAUCCAUUCUACAUGCUGGGUUGUAUCGACACAGAGUGGAAGACGAUCACCUGGCUGAGAUACACAGUCUGGAUACCCCUGUACCCUCUGGGGGUGCUGGCUGAAGCGGUUGCAGUGGUCCAGUCCAUCUCAGUGUUUGACCAGAGCAGACUGUUCAGUAUCCCUCUACCUGAGGCCCUGGGCUCCUCUGCCAGCUUCUCCUGUGUCCUCUAUAUCUACCUACCUCUCAUGGUCAUCGGGCUUCUCAUCAAUUUCCGCCACCUGUACAAACAGAGGAGGAAGAGGUUCCGGACCAAGAAGAGGAAGUCUAACUGACACCGUUUAAAAAAAAUCUUUGAUCUCCAUCAACCUCUUCUGCUGCCUGUCUGUUCCCAUCAUCUCAUCUUGACUAAAUCGCAGUAUUUUUCCUCAACAUUUCCAGAAGUCCCAGUUAGGAGAACCUUGGGAAUUUUCCUCGUCUUGUAGUAUGAUGAACAAACGUCCUCAGGGGAAAGUCACACAAGAUGUAUGUUUUUGUCACGUCAAUUAAUAUGCUGAAUCAAAAAUGAGAAGUUCCACUUCCUGGGUAAAUUGUUUAAGAUUAAUAAAAAAAAUACUCGUCGUUGGAAAAAAGAAA